AUGGCUAGCUAUUGGACUGUUUGUGGUGUAUGUAAUUUCCGAAAGGUCAACACAGCAUCAGUAGUGUGGUGUUCGGAAUGUGACGAGGGACUAUGCGGCGAGUGUAUAGGUCACCAUGGUGCAUCAAAAUCAACAAGGAACCAUGCCACUAUUUCCAUUACAGAAUACCAAAAGCUACCUCCAAAUGUCUUAUCGAUAACACAAACAUGCCAAAAACACACAGAACAAUAUCAAACAUUCUGUAAGAAACAUGAUUGCCCUUGCUGUAGGAGAUGUGUGAUAGAGACGCAUAAUGAGUGUAAAGAUUUGAAGGCAAUUGAUGACAUCGUUCAUGAUAUAAAAUCAUCAAAUGCUUUUCUUGAGGUAGAACACAUCUUGGCCGAAAUGUUGGAAAAUGUACGAAAAAUUUGUGAAGACCGCACAGAAAACUUAAAAUGGCUGCAGGAUCAGAGAGUAAAGAUUGCACAUGAUAUAAACCAAACCCGAAAAAAGAUCAACGACCACUUAGACAAAAUACAAGACAAAAUAAUUAAAGAAUUAUAUGCUAAUGAGGAAAAUGAAAGCAAGAAGAUUAAGCAGUUAAUGUCUGAGAUUGAACAGAUUGGAGAAGAUAUUGCUGACCUACAGGUUAAGCAAAAUAACAUAAGGCAACACGCAUCAGAACUACAAUCAUUUUUAGCAUUGAAGUACAUUGAAAUAGAGGUUUCUGAUAAAGCAGAAUGUAUUCAAUCCGUCCUUAAGAACGAAGACAUGAAGAUAAAAGCCCUAUCUUUUGAGGUAAACAAAGAAGUACAAAACAUUUGCAGAAUUCAAAAUUUUGGGUUUGUGAGUGUUCAGUCAAAGUCGUGCAAAGUUGUUAUUGACAUUAACAAAAACAAAGAAGCUCAAUUGAUCGUACCUAUUUUAAUUUCCAAAAGCAUUGAUGAUAUCAAACUAAGCAACAAAAUGCUUAUUGAUUUGCAAUCUGCUGGAUGUGUUAGACAUGUUAGCGCAAUUCUACCAAAUGGCAAGAUGAUGUUCUGUGAUUAUAAUAAUGGAAAUUUAAUUGGGUUGAAAAGCAACGGUACGCAUGAGUUUGAAAUUCAGCUAGAUACUCUCGCAAUUGAUUUAGCAUAUUUUGAAAGAGAAAAUUCCAUUGCUGUUACCAGUGGCAAUGGUUCAAAUGCUAUUCACAUUAUUGACCCUAUCAGCAGAACGAUCAAGAGAACUAUACAAAGUAGUGAAUAUCCAUUUGGUAUAGCCAUGAAUAAAAAUGUCCUGGUAUACUGUAAGUCAGGUAAAGGAAUAAUGGAAGUUCAAUUGAAUGGUGCAUCAGAAAAGGCACUUCUUUGCUUUAGUAUGCCACCCUAUUCGUAUGUUGCAUGUGCAUGGUGA